UUUUUUUUUUUUUUUUGCCGCUUGUCGCCAUCGAGCCGCCGCCGAGAGUGCGUGCGCGUGUCCGGUUUUCGUUUGCCGUGGUGCCGCGACGGGUUCUCUACUACAGUCUCUCCGCCCGAGGAUAGUGUCGUCCGCGUGACCGCCGCCGAAUCCCGAGCCGUGGUCUUCCGUGCGCCGCGCGCUCUCGCCGCCGUCGCCGUCGUCGUCUUGCAGCCCACUGUGUAUGCGUACGUGUGAUGCGUGUCCGCCGAUUUGCCACCGGAGCCGUCGUUGUAGCCGCCAGCAACAGAAGCAGCAACAGCGAAAAGAGCAACAAUAGCAGCGGCCACCGCCACCACCGCCGUCGUAGUAACGUCGUAGCGUCGUCGUCGUAGCGAUGGCGUCAUGCAAACGGCCGUGCUGCAGCCGCGGCGCUGGCGUGUCCAACAAGAGGCCGUGCUGCAGGGACGGCGGCGCGGACGGCGCGUCGUCGUCGUCGGCGGCCGGCGGGUCGGCGGUGCUCCGGUCGCCCGACUCGCUGUUGGACAUCACCGCCCGGAUAGUGGCCGAGAACAUACCGUUCCAACGGAUCGAGGAACGGUACAAUCGCAUACCGGAACCGGUGCAGCGGCAGAUCAUCUACUGGUCGUUUCCGCGCAACGAGCGCGACAUAUUCAUGUACUCGUCGCUGAUACGCGUGUCGCAAGCCAGCUCUUCGUCACAAAACUCGGAACAGAGCAACCUGUCGUUCUACAAAGGGCUCAAGCUCCUGGAGACCGGUUGCGUGGACCGGGUGCUUCAAGUCGGAUUUCAUCUUAGCGGAGUAGUGUGGAAUCAGAGGCCAGGAUCGCCAUCUUACAACCAUCCUGACCAAGAAAACAAAACACACAAAGUGUCGGUCAGCUUUGACAGGUGCAAGAUAACGUCAGUGACAUGCAGCUGCGACACAAAAGACAUAUUCUGGUGCCCCCACGUUGUGGCCUUGUCCUUGUACAGGAUACGGAACGCGGACAGUGUCAGGCUCAGGGUCCCGAUAUCAGAAACCCUGUUGCAAAUGGACCGACAACAAUUGCAGAAGUUCGUGCAGUACCUGAUAUCCGAACACCACACAGAGGUGUUGCCCACAGCUCAAAAACUGGCCGACGAGAUCCUACAGCAGCGUUCCGAGAUCAAUCAGAUUGCCGGAGCACCCGACCCGACAGCAGGUCCGAGCGCGGACGACGAACACACUUGGCACUUGGACGAAGAACAGGUGUGCGAACAGGUCCGGUCGUACUUGACGCAUGGCAGCUAUUACAACGCGAACAAGCAGCUCAACUCGUUGUUCGCUAAGGUGCGCGAGAUGCUCCGGGCCCAGGACUCAAACGGCGCCCGGAUGUUGACCCUCAUCACCGAACAGUUCUUGUGCGACCCGCGGCUGGCCCUGUGGAAGUCUCAGGGUACGCCGAUCACGGAUAAAUGCCGGCAGUUGUGGGACCAGCUGGGCGCCCUGUGGGUGUGCAUCGUGCUCAAUCCUCACUGCACGGCCAUUGACAAAGGCCAGUGGAAGACGUUGCUGGACAAGUGGACACACGUCGAUAUAUGCCCGCCCGAAGACCCCGACAUGCUGGCCCUGCCUCCCGCCUUCAACGACAGAAAUCAUCAUCAGCCGCCCGAGAACGGUUCAGACGACGAUGUGGACAAUAUCAAUUACAGACCCUCAUCUCGAUCUAGCAGAUCCAGUCCGAGGUACAGGAGCAGUUAUCCUAGCACGAGCCAGCGAAUCAACCGUACAAUAUUUCACAGAGCUUUGGACGCGGUGAGCAUGUCCUGGGACAACAUACAUCUGAAGAACGUGCUGUCCAGCGACACGUACAGCAGUCACAUACCGGACAGCACGCAGUCGGGCAGCUUCAACUCGCUGGGACAGCCGCUGUGGCACGAGGCGCUGGCCACUUGCGCGUCGCGCGUGGACGCGCUCCGGUCGCACGGACACCACGCGGCCGCGCUCCGGUUGGCCGUGUGCGUGGUGCGCACGAUGAAGCAGCAGCAGCUGGACGCGCAGCGGCGGUGGCAGGAGAGCCAGAAACCGCCGCCGCCGCGGUGCCCGUCCCGGCACUCGAACCCGCCGACCCGGUGCUACGAGCUGCGUCCCGCGCAGUCGUGCUCGUACGACACUUAUUCGCAGACGCGCCCGUGCUCGUCCCGUUGCGUGUCGUGCCCGAUGGUCGGCGGCGGCGGUUACGACCGCCUGUCCGCCUCGUCGUCCGGCGGCGGUCCGCCGUCGUCCUCGUCGUCGGCCGCCGCCGCCGCGUCGUCGUCGUCGUCGUCCGCGUGCAGCCUGUCCCGGUGCGGUUACAACGACUCGCGGUCCGGUUACCCCGGCGGCGGGAGCGCGGGCUGUUCCAGUUACCGGUGCACCGCGUUCACCGACGCUCCCCGUCCCAAUCUGUGUACCGCGCCCAGGUGUAACAGCUAUUGCACCUAUUACGACAAUCACCCGCCGCCGCGCACGCCGGGCGGACCUAUGUCCGGUGGCGGUGGCGGCAUGGGCGGCGGCAACAUGGGCGGCGGAGGUGGCUCUUCCGGGUACCGGUACCCGGAACGCACGAACAGCCGGAACGGCGGAAGCAGUUCCCGGGGCAGCGUGGGCGGUGGUUCCAACCAACAGACCGCCGUGCUGCACAACAGCUGGACCGAAGGAUGGGUCGGCCACCCGAUGGACCCGAUCGGCUGCCUGUUCGACACACUGACUGAUGCAUCUAUAGUUCCUGAUCCAAAUGUGCCUCAUUCGCCGUCGUCGUUUUUCGACGCCAACGCAUCCGAAGAGGGUAUCCUGCGACCCACUCCCCGCCUUACCCAUAUACCUGUUGUUGGUUCGCAGGACCGCUCCGAAACGUACCUGUCGCUUGCGGUCGAAGUCGCCCUCAUCGGCCUCGGUCAACAGCGUAACAUGCCUCCCGGACUUUACGCUCAGGAGAAGGCGUGUAAACAAGAAGACAGACUGAUUGCCAAAUUACAAGAGCUAGACAUGGACACAAACCUGGUUGGAGUCCUGCGCAGGCAAGCCAUCGUCCUUUUAGACGGUGGACCAACCAGUGGCUUGGGCUUAGGCGUGCAUAGAGACAGUAUACCCAUGCACACGUUUGCUCGUUUCUUGUUCGUCGCUCUUCUAGACUAUUAUCCGGACCUAGCUUACGAAGUCGGAUUGCGUGCUAUGAGAUUACCGAUACUGGAAGACCACGAAGACUCUGAUAAUCCAAACGGUAACCCUUCUUCUGUCAUGUUGAACCGCUAUCCGCGUUGGUUUACGCUGGGUCACAUCGAAACGCAACAAUGCACGUUGGCGUCUACCAUGCUGAGCGCCGCCAAAGGUGAAUUACUUCGACUGAGAACCGUACUGGAAUCUGCACAACGACACAUACACAGCUCAUCACAUCUCUUCAAAUUAGCUCAAGACGCGUUUCGUUUUGCGACGCCUGAGAAUGGACCCAGACAUCCUCCGCUGUUGACUGUCGCUUUCGAACUAGGAUUACAAGUAAUGCGCAUCACGCUGGCUUCGUUGAACUGGCGAAGACGCGAAAUGGUCCGAUGGUUGGUGACGUGUGCCACAGAAGUCGGCAUGGACGCUCUCACCUCCGUUAUGCAAAAUUGGUUUCAAUUAUUUACGCCCACCGAAGCCACAGGACCAGUCGCUACGACUAUAAUGUCUCACAGUACAAUGCUCCGAUUAAACCUGUCGUUUGAACACCAAGAAAAACUGUCGAGCUACGCUCGUACAUUGGCACUUCAAUGCGCGUCCAAAGAUCCUCCGAAUUGUGCUCUGAACGCUCUGACUUUGUGUGAGAACGAUGCGACUGCGUUCGAAGCAGCUUACCAAAUAGUAUUGGAUGCUGCGGCACAUAUCAUGACCUCAUCACAAUUAUUUACAAUCGCUCGUUACAUGGAACACCGUGGAUAUCCGAACCGCGCGUACAAACUCGCUAUGCUCGCAAUGAAGAACGUUCAUCUGGCAUACAAUCAGGACACUCAUCCAGCCAUUAACGACAUACAUUGGGCCUGCGCGCUCAGUCACUCUCUGGGCAAAAAUGAAUUAGCCACCAUGAUUCCGUUGUUAGUGAAGAACGUGCAGUGCGCCACCGUUUUAUCCGAUAUAUUGCGUAGAUGUUCAAUGACACCACCUGGAAUGACUUGUGCCCACGCGCUGCCUCCACCUGAUACCAGCAAACACCACCAUCACCACCAUCACCACCACCACCACCACCAUCACCGGAACAACGGCGGCGGCGGCGGCGGGUCGUCCCGGUGCGGCAUGAUGAAGGGCCUGUCGUACGAGAGGGCGCCGCUCCGCAUCCUGCUGGAGGCGGCCGUCGCCGCGUACGUCAACACCACCCACUCCCGGCUGACGCACAUAUCGCCCCGGCACUACGCCGACUUCAUCGAGUUCCUGGGCAAGGCCCGCGACACGUUCAUGUUGGCGCACGACGGGCACGCGCAGUUCGCCCAGCUGCUGGACAACAUGAAGCUGGCGUACAAGGGCAUCGGGUGA